AUGGCUGAUCUUGCCUCUAGCCUCGCCAGUAGUCUCUUGAAGAAAUUAGGCUCUUUGGUUUAUCAAGAGCUCUACUUGGCAUGGGGUGUCCAGAGCGACCUGCAUAAACUUGAGAGCACGAUUUCUAUCCUUAAGAUCGUGCUCUUGGAUGCUGAAGACAAGCAAGCAAACAACCCCAUGCUGAGCAUCUGGCUUGGACGGCUUAAAAAUAUGUUAUAUGUCGCAGAGGAUGUGGUAGAUGAACUUGAGUACGAAGCUUUAAGGAAGCAAGCGAUUACGACAUAUGGAAGCGCUAUGGCAAAGGUAUGCCAUUUCUUUUGUUCAUUCAUGGCACUUUCAUCCCGUUUAAAACUGGCUCACAAAAUCAAGGACAUUAGAGAGAGGUUAGAUGAGAUUAAUGCUGAUAAGGUUCAGUUUAAUCUCACUGAGCGGCAUGAAGAGGUGCAUGUCAAUCCCCUGUGGAGGGAGAAGACCCAUUCCUUUAUUGAUCCUUCAACAGUAUUCGGUAGGGAUGGUGACAAAGAAGAAAUAAAAAAGAGUUUGAUGCACCCAAAUCCCACUAGAAAUCUUAAUAUAAUUGCCAUAGUUGGAUUAGGAGGUAUGGGAAAGACCACACUUGCCAAGGUUGUUUACAAUGACGAAUCCGUAGUUAAACAUUUUCAGUUGAGAAUGUGGGUUUGUGUACCUGAGAAUUUUAAUGUUACAAGAUUGGUGAAAGACAUCCUUAAAUCUGCUGGUGGUAGAGUUGAUAAGAAUUCAAAAGGUCUAUCAAAAGAAGAAAGUUUGUCUUUGUUUGUGAAAUGUGCAUUCAAGGAAGGAGAAGACAAACUAUAUCCAAAUCUCUUGCCAAUUGCAGAUGAAAUAGUGAAAAAGUGUAAAGGGGUUCCACUGGCCCUGAAGAGUUUAGGUGGUCUACUUUAUUCGAAAGUCGAUGAAAGCGAGUGGGAAUUGGUGAGAGGUAACGAGAUUUGGGAAUUGGAAGAAAAUGAGGGAGGCAUCUUACCUGCAUUGCAAUUGAGCUAUAAUCAAAUGCCAAUUCAUUUGAAGCGAUGCUUUGCUUAUUGCGUUAAUUUUCCAAAGGAUUAUGAUUUCAGUAAUAUCCUUUUAAUUGAACAAUGGGUGGCACAUGGAUUAAUCAUCCAAAUGUCUCCUAACAAAAAACAAGAGUUGGAAGAUAUUGGAGAAUUGUACAUUAAAGAGUUAAUGUCGAUAUGUUUUUUCCAAUUAGAUCUUCAAGAAAAUCUUUUUGGCAUGUAUUCCUUCAAAAUGCAUGAUCUCGUCCAUGAUCUUGUACUCUCUAUUGGCCAUGAAGAGUGGUCGGAAAUAGACUCUGACAAUAAAGACAUGGCCUCGACAGUUCGUCAUUUGUCAAUUUCAUCUAGUAGCCAACAAGUUUCGAAGUUCUCAAACAAGUUAACUAAUGUGAGGAGCAUCAUGUACCGAAACGAACCACACGUGUCCUCAGUUGAAGCAUGCAUCUCAAGAUUCAAGUCUUUACGUCUGUUAACUAUACCUUAUUCAGAUUUUGAGAAUUUGCCAAGUUCCAUUGGUACUCAAAAGCAUUUGAGAUAUCUCGGCCUAUCUCUUAAUCAGUCAAUCAAGAAGCUUCCUAAUUCCAUUUGCAAGUUACACAAUUUGCAAACCUUGUUACUUGAUGGAUGUAGAGACCUUGAACGACUGCCCAAAGAUAUGAGGAACAUGAUCAACCUUAGGUUUCUUACGAUUUCAACAAAAGAUACAUGCUUGUUCGUGAAUGGAGUAUGUUGCUUUAAUUCUCUUCAGAUUUUAUGGGUGGUGGAGUGUCCAAGACUCGAAUGCUUGCUUCCACAGAUGGACAGGUGCCUCACCAACCUUCGUAUGUUGGUUUUUGUGGAAUGUGAAAGUUUGACCUCUUUGCCACCUAUUAUCAAGCACCUAAAAGCCUUAGAGUCAUUGUACAUUUGUGAUUGUGAAGAGAUAGAUUUGACGGGAGGAGGAGGAGGAGAUGCACAGGACCUCAAUUUGAGACUCCAAAUCUUGUAUAUAACAAAUUUACCAAAGUUGGAGAUUUUACCCGAAUGGCUCCUAGGAUCUGCAAACACUUUAAAGCACCUACAUAUCGAGCAGUGUGAAAAUCUGAAGGCGUUGCCAGAGUGGUUACCAACUCUGAAAUCACUUCAGACAUUGGAGAUCAUUGAAUGCAAUGAGCUAUCAUCUCUACCGGAGGGGAUUCGUCAUAUGAAAACAUUAAGAAAACUGGUGAUCAUUCCUGAGCUCUAA